AUGAGCAGCGAGGAACCCGAGAAGACUGGCGAAGAGCAGGUCGAUGAUUUGUUUGGAGAGGCCAGCGAUGAAGAAGUGGUAGAUGAAACGGCUGUUCACGUUUCAGAUGAGGAGAACGAGGACGUGCAGAAUAGUGCCGACGACGACGAUGACGACGAAAAGGAGUUGGAGGUGAAGGAACCAACGCGUGCAGAGAUAUCCAUUCCUAGACAUCCGCGAUCGCAUGUUCCUACUGGAGACGCAAUGGUGUUCACUCUGCCGCGCUACCUCUUUGUGGACCCCGAACCGUUUACUCCGACCACGUUUGAAUCUAACCUUAACGAGUUCUUGAAAGACUCUGUCAAAGACAGCACAAACAAGGAAUUGCAAGAUUCGUUAGAGUUCAAAAAACUGGAAGUGCAGAAUACUAUCAGAUGGCGUUAUGCAAAGACGUCGUCGGACGAGCUUUACAAACAGUCCAAUGCCUCGAUCGUCGAGUGGGAGGACGGAUCGAUGUCGCUGAAGAUUGGAGACGAGUUCUUCAAUAUCAAGCUCAACAACAACGAGGACGAAAUUCUGGUGGCAGAGAGCGGUGAGCUGUAUCUCCCGGUGACAGAACUCAAGAAGAGCAUCCAGGUUCUUCCUUCCUCGACCAGCUCCAGAGCACACAAAAUUCUGGCCAACACGCUUCAGUCCAAUCUACGCCUGAAAAAGUCGAAAAAGAUCAAUACCAUAGUCACCACCGAGGAUCCAGAGCUCAAGGCAAAAGAGAUGGAAAGGGCCCAGAGAGAAAUCGAGAAGGCUAGACGGAAGCAGCUUGCCAAGCUGGCAUUGGAGGAAGAACGACAGGAGCGCGAGUCCAGAACAACAAGUCUGGCACAUUCGAUUGACGCUGCCGAGGACGAGGAUGAGCAGGAUGACGGCGAGUACAAUGAUAAGGACAACUUUGUUGUCAGCGACAACGAGCAAGAUUCAGGUCUGGAUGACGACGAACUCGAUAAAGCUGCUGAGAAGCUGAGAAGCGUCAAGCGUGCCGGAGAAGCUAUGUACAGGGAGAAAUCACAGGAGGUUGAGGAAGAGGAAGAUGACGAAGGUGCUGUCGUGCGGAAGAAGCGCCGUGUGGUGCUUGACGACGAAGAGGACGAGGACUAG